CACGGCAACACGGCCAUACUGGGCCCAACCGACCGCGGGUGGGCCGGGGCCGGCCGGCGGGGGUCUCGUGGGCAAGGCGGCAGCAUGGACAACCUCUUCGUGGAGGAGGUGGCCGCCUCCCUGGUCAGGGAGUUCCUCAGCAGAAAGGGCUUAAAGAAGACGUGCAUGACCAUGGACCAGGAGCGCCCGCGCUCCGAUCUUAGCAUCAACAGCAGGAAUGACCUUCGCAAGGUUCUGCAUCUCGAGUUCCUCUACAAGGAGAACAAGGCGAAGGAAAACCCGCUGAAAACAAACCUUGAACUUAUCACCAGGUACUUUCUGGAUUAUGUUGGAAAUACUGCUAAUAGUUUAACUCAGGAGACUCCAAUCCCUGCACUCUCACUUUCCAAGAAGAAUAACAAAUUGUCACCAAGACACUCCGAGACCAUGCUGGUCAAUAUAUACGACCUUUCAGAAGAGGACCUGGGCAGGAGGGGCUCGCUGUCUGAAGCAAGCCACGUCAGACAUGACAACCCUGAUGGGGACGUGCUUGGUAAUUCUAUGUCGUCGUCCAAAAGGCCCCCACACAAAAGUAAGCCCCUGCACUUGGUUGCAGGUGAAAGCCCGCCCUUGCCUUCAGCGUGGGAGAAGAUGGAAAAGCUGCACUCUGAGCCCACCCUGGACGUGAAGAGGACAGGAGAGAAGAUCAGGCCAAAGCCGGGCCUCAUUGUGCGAGGCAUGAUGGCCGGGCCCACGGCCAGCUCCCCACAGGAUUCUCUCCGCAAACGGUCUCUGAGGCGGUCCCCAGCCAUGGGCAGCGUGACCCCAGCCCAGGAAGAGGAGACUGGGAAGGUGCCUGAGCCCUGCACCCACCCCACAGCCUGCCCAGCGCCACAGGACGUCCUGGCUUUGGGCAGGGGCUCCGCCAUCAGGAACCCCCUUGGUCAGCGUAGAGAGCUGAGCACAGAAACGUGCAAAAGCACUGCCAGCAGUCCGCCCCACCUGCCCAGCACGGGGCCGCCCUGGCAGGAGAGAGCCGGGUCCAGAGAGCUUUCGGAGGGCAGCCUCGCGAUGGACGGCAGCCCAGAGGCAGACAAGGCACGCCCGAAGUUCUUGCCAGGCGGGAGUUCCAGGAUGAGCCAGGAGAGGCAGGAGAGAGCCUUCAGGCGGCAGGGCAGCCAGCCCCCCCUGCUCAGGAAGCAUCCGUUACCAGCGUCUGAGAAGGCAGAUGGGGAGCUGAGUGCCCUGCAGCUAGAGGACGUGGAAGAUGAGCUGGUAAGGGAGGAAGUCAUCCUGCCUCCGGCCCCAUCAACGCUCAAGCUGCAGACAGCAUCAGAGCCGAUCGACCUCUCAGUAGCAAAGGAGAUAAAGACCCUUCUGUUUGGUUCCAACUUCUGCUGUUUCAACGAAGAGUGGAAACUUCAGAGUUUUACCUUCAGUGAUGUAGCCUCAUUAAGAUACGGCAUCGUGCAGAGAAAGGGGGGCCCCUGUGGGGUUCUGGCCGCCGUCCAGAGCUGUGUCCUGCAGAAGCUGCUGUUUGCAGAAGACAGGGGAGCCGACUGUGCCCGGCGGCUGCAGCCUUCAGAUGCACACAGGACCCGCUGUCUUGCCCUGGCCAUCGCGGAUAUCUUGUGGCGGGCUGGCGGCCGGGAGCGAGCCGUGGUUACCCUGGCUUCGGGAACUCAGCAGUUCAGUCCAACGGGGAAAUACAAAGCAGAUGGAGUCUUAGAAACACUCACGCUGCACAGUUUGACCUGCUAUGAGGAACUGCUGCUGUUCGUGCAGCAGAGCGUCCGUCAGUUCGAGGCAGGCCCCUAUGGAUGCAUCCUGCUCACCCUCUCUGCCAUCUUGUCCAGGACCACGGAACUCAUCCGCCAGGACUUCGAUGUCCCCACUAGUCACCUGAUUGGAGCUCACGGAUACUGCACGCAGGAGCUUGUUAAUCUGCUGCUGACCGGGAAGGCCGUGUCCAAUGUCUUCAACGACGUGGUGGAGCUGGAUUCCGGGCAGGGCAGCACUACGCUCCUGCGUGGCAUCGCCGAACGCAGCGACAUCGGCUUCCUGUCCCUCUUUGAGCACUACAGCGUGUGCCAGGUCGGCUGCUUCCUGAAGACCCCUCGCUUCCCCAUCUGGGUGGUGUGCAGCGAGAGCCACUUCAGCGUCCUGUUCAGCCUGCAGCCCGAGCUCCUGUGCGACUGGAGAGCUGAGCGGCUCUUCGACCUCUACUACUACGACGGCCUGGCCAACCAGCAGGAGCAGAUCCGGUUGACCGUGGAUACCACCCAGACGGUCCCUGAGGACACACACAACGACCUCAUCCCACCCCUGGAGCUCUGCAUCAGAACCAAGUGGAAGGGGGCACUGGUGAACUGGAAUGGCUCCGACCCCAUCCUGUGACCCUUGGAUGGGUAAGCCCUGUGGCUCCGCUGCUCCUGACUGGGGUGAACCCGAGCCUCUGGACCUCAGGGGAGGCCUCUGAGAAGACUGUCACCCCCACCUGGGCCAGCACAUCUGCAGACACAUCCAGAGCCUCCCGGACCCUGCUGUGGAGGCCCCGCCCAGGACCGUGCUGGGGGCCCGGUGUGCCGUGCGGCUGUGGUGCCUCCCAGCUGACCAUGACUGCCAAGGACCCGAAGGAGGUCCCCAAGACGUUGCCGCUGUGUCUGCCUCCCCGCUGUGCUCCCUGCCAGACCCCUCACCAAGGGGCCUGCUGUGGGCUCUGGAGACGCUGGGCAUUGCUGUUUGUGGCUGGCGCUUUAUAAAACACGACUCAAAC